ACUCCUGGGGCUGGGGCUUACAGAGCCGGGGGCUUCCUGCUUCUCCUGCAAAAGACGCUUGGGGACAUGCUGGCCCUUAUUUUUUUGCACGCAGCGUUGGGGACCUUGGUUGCUUCCCAGAGAAGCUUUGGAAUCGAUUAUGCCCAUGAUUGCUUCCGCAAAGAUGGGAAACCAUUCCGCUACAUCUCGGGCAGCAUCCAUUAUUCCCGUAUACCCCGGUACUACUGGAAGGACCGCCUCUUGAAGAUGAAAAUGGCUGGGCUUGAUGCUGUUCAAACGUACGUGCCAUGGAACUUCCAUGAAUCAGAACCGGGAGUUUACAACUUCUCUGGUGACCGAGAUCUUGAGCAGUUUCUGCAGGUUGUUGAGGAGAUUGGCUUGUUGGUCAUACUGAGAGCAGGGCCUUAUAUAUGUGCAGAAUGGGACAUGGGAGGACUGCCUGCCUGGUUGUUACAGAAAAAAUCUAUCGUCCUAAGAUCAUCUGAUCCAGAUUACUUGACAGCUGUAGAGAGAUGGAUGGGAGUCUUACUGCCAAAGAUGAAGCCACAUCUUUAUCAGAGUGGAGGUCCAAUUAUUAUGGUGCAGGUUGAAAAUGAAUAUGGCAGCUACUUCGCUUGUGAUUUUGAUUACCUCCGUUACCUGCAUGAUCUGUUCCGGCACCAUCUUGGGGAUGAAGUGGUGCUGUUCACGACGGAUGGUGCCAGCAAGGCCAACUUGCGCUGUGGAGCUCUUCAAGGCCUUUAUGCAACCGUGGACUUUGGACCUGGUGGUAACAUCACAGCAGCAUUUUUAAGUCAGAGACACAGUGAACCAAAAGGACCCUUGGUCAAUUCUGAGUUCUAUACUGGCUGGCUGGACCAUUGGGGUAAAAGUCAUGUUAUGGUACCCGCAUCGAUUGUCGCUAAAAGCCUUAGUGACAUGCUGGCCCAUGGAGCUAAUGUUAACAUGUAUAUGUUCAUAGGAGGCACCAAUUUUGGCUAUUGGAAUGGAGCCAAUACACCUUACAUGGCACAGCCUACUAGUUACGAUUAUGAUGCUCCAUUGAGUGAAGCAGGAGACCUCACAGAGAAGUACUUUGCUAUCAGGGAAGUCAUUGGCAUGUAUAAGAAAUUACCAAAGGACCCUAUCCCUCCAACAACACCCAAGUUUGCCUAUGGAGAAGUUACACUAGAGAAGGUGGGCACAGUGAGGGACUUUCUAAAUGACCUGUCACCAUCUGGACCAGUUAAAAGUAUCUAUCCUUUAACAUUUGUUCAACUGAAGCAGUAUUUUGGGUUUGUACUGUACAGAACAAAGCUGCUAAGAAACUGUAGCAAAACCCCACUCUUUACGCUGUUUGAUGGAAUUCACGAUCGUGUGUAUGUCUCUGUUAAUGGGGUUUCUCAGGGAGUCCUUUCAAGGCGGCAUGUGUCAAUGCUCAAUAUAACAGGGAAUGCGGGAGCAUAUUUGGAUUUGCUGGUAGAAAAUAUGGGGAGAGUAAAUUAUGGAAGAUACAACAAUGACUUCAAGGGGCUGGUUUCAAAUAUAACUCUUGGUAGCGCGAUACUUACCGACUGGGAAAUGUAUCCAUUGGAUAUUGACAAAGCAGUUGGCCAGGGCUUCCAUAAUGAAAGUUGUGGGAACGCAUCAAGUUCAGAAGAACCUUCUUUUUAUACUGGAAGCUUUUCCAUUCCUAGUGGAAUACCAGAUUUACCUCAAGACACCUAUGUCCAGCUUCCUGGGUGGACAAAGGGACAGAUCUGGAUCAACGGCUUCAAUUUAGGACGCUACUGGCCGGCGUGUGGCCCUCAAGUGACCCUGUUUGUUCCAAGCAACAUCCUCGUUUCAUCCUCUCCAAACAACAUUACUGUUCUGGAACUGGAAGGUUCUCCAUGUGGCCCUCAGAAAUGUUUGAUAGAGUUUGUAGAUAGACCCAAGCUCAAUGCAAGCGCUCACUGUGAAAGUGAUUCUGAGAAGCUUUUUAGUAGAGAUUUCGGGCCGGAAGAGGACUAUGUAUGAUGUCAUUUUAAAUGUUUUUCUACCUUCCUCUUUUAUUCUACAGAACUCCUUAUUUUCCUCUCUCAAAAGUGGGAAAUCAAAUCAGUGUUGUUGUUGUUUUUUUAAAAAAAUAGGAAUGAUUUAACUAUGGAGACCUCAAAGCAGAGAAAAGUACCAGAGGCAGUACAAAUAGCACUGUCUUUUUUGCAAAAGAGGCAGAGAGAAAGGCCCCUUCCGCACACGCACAGUAAUGCGUUGUCAAACCACUUUCACAACUGUUUGAAAGUGAAUUUUGCUAUUCCGCACAGCUUUAAAGAGCACUGAAAGCAGUUUGAAAGUGCAUUAUUCUGCAUGUGCGGAAUGAGCCAAAGAGACAGAAUUGUGCUUACCGGUGCUAUAGUCAGCAGCAAAUGCUUUAUUUCCCCCCAAAUCUAGUGAUUAUGCAAACAUUAGUUAAUUAAAUUGUUGGGCGCACAUCAGAAUAAGACCUUUUCCUUGCAGAUGACUUUGAAUUGCUGUCCUCUUACUCUUGCCUCUGUAGUUUUUAUCUAGUUCAGAUGUCUCUGGUGACAACAGAGUAAUGAGAGUACAUGAUAUCAGUAUUUGAAAUACAUUAAUAACAACUAUACGUUUAGUGGGAAAUGCUAAUUGCAAGAUAAUGUUCUACUGUAGAAAAAUAACUGAACAGAAGGAAAGUGUUGUGAGGUGAUGUGAAAUUUCAGCCUGUGGUGUUCACGCAGAGAUACUUCCCCCUCCCCCACAAACAUGCAAAUUAGCAAAUUGAUUUCAAGAUGAGUGCAUGUAUAGAGAUGAAGCCAUCUAUGUGCAGGCUCAUUAUAAGGAUUAUGAAUGUUUUGCACUGAUCUAGACAGUUUCUGAUGGAUUGAAUCUAAUAUGAUAUAUAAGAUCAUGGCCUUGAAUAACAUAACUAUGACAAAUUGGACCCUAUGACAAACGGGACAUAACUAUGACAAAUUGAAUGUAACACAUUAGUUGGCUCUAAAUCUUGAUAGCUAUGAAGUUUACAGCCCAAUCUAGAUUGCGGGGAGGGGGGCUGAAGCAACUCAUAGAGGUGGUUCAGGGCCAUGCUGGCAGAUUUGCUCUCCAAGAUGCCUGGACACCGUGCUAGGUGCUGCGUCAGCUCUCCUGCGCCACCACUGGCCCUGCUGGUGCAGUGGGGGCAUUCCGGAGGCAUGGCUAGGGCUGGGGCCAACAUCAGUCGGCUUUCACCCUGGUGUUGCCUUUAGGUACACUGUGGCCCAGGCCUCCAACAUAGUCCAUGUAGCCCUCUGGAAGGCUUUCUGGCAGCAGGGAGGUUUUGUUUUGUUUUCCCUCCCUGCGCCGCUGGAAGGCCCUCCGGAGGGGGCAGAGUGGCAGCAGCGCUGGCCCUGCCACCCAGGGCUCUGGACUGGGCUGUCCUGAAGAGACAUUUAAAGGAAGUUGUUCUGAAUGAGGAGUCUUAUUGUGAACAAUCCUGCUUCCGAAUUUUCAAGAUUUUGCAUAGGAUGAUUUUGGACUGCCCCUAAUUUUUGCAUAUUGUUUCUGUGCCAGAUUCCAUGAUAAUCAUUGUUACGGGGCAGAAUGACUGUUUUGAAUAUUGUUACCAUCAUAGAAAUUGCCUUUAUUCUGCACAUUAAAUUAUUUUUAACAGUUAGCUACUUUGGAAAAGCUGUAUGAGGCCUUAGAAUGGAAUCAAAGCCUCAACUGUUAUAUUAAAAUCUUUUCGUGGGA